AGACUGGGUUAGAUUUCCUGGCGGAGAAAUCUGAUGUGUAUGCAACAUGAAUCGGGCGAUCGCGGAGAGCAGAUUAAUUUGAGCACGUUAACACAUUUCUUUCGGACUAAUUAUAUUCGCCAUGUACUAAAGAAAAACAAAUUAGAUCGUGUUUUUCUCCCGUGCACCAGGAAGAAGUGUUUUGGAUCAGACUUGCCAAAAUCGUUACUUUGUUUCUCUUUUGCUUUAUAGGUACGGGCGGUUUGUGUUACCUAAAAGUAGUCACGUCUUUAUAGAGUUACGCAUCCCAGAAAGGAUCGGGAGUGAAGUCGGGAGAAGCGAGGCCCGAUCUCUUAACCCGUGGAGUUAUCUUGAGUCUCGCUGGAUGGAUGGAUGGGUAUGGGGACAGCAGGACCUUACUACCCCGGGGCUGAGAGCCUCAUCUCUCCAGCACUAUAUCUACUAGUGCUGUCCACACUUUCCUCUCUCUCACACAUAGGUGAGAGCCAGGUGCAAACUCCACAGUGCCGGAUCCAGAAGUGCACCACUGACUUCGUCUCACUCACUUCUCAUCUCAACCCUUCGCUGGAUGGCUUUGAUACUGAAUUCUGCAAGGCGCUGCGAGCCUACUCUGCCUGCACCCAGCGUACCUCCAAAAGCUGCAGGGGCAACCUGGUCUUCCACUCUGCCAUGCUGGGCAUCAGUGAUCUCAUGAGCCAGAGGAACUGCUCUAAGGAUGGGCCCACAUCAUCAACCCAUCCCGUCAUCCCCAUUGAACCAUGCAACUACCACAGCCGCCACCACAACCAAGCAUUGCGGCCUGGGAUGGGGACUGGGGUUCCAGAACACCCACAGCCAACCUACCUGUUCUGUGGUCUGUUUGGGGACCCCCAUCUUAGGACUUUCAAAGACCAUUUCCAGACCUGUAAGGUUGAAGGGGCGUGGCCUCUCAUUGAUAACAAUUACCUGUCAGUACAGGUUACAAAUAUUCCGGUGGUGCAUGGAUCCAGUGCCACAGCAACUAAUAAGAUCACAAUCAUCUUCAAACCAUACCAAGAAUGCACGGACCAGAAGGUCUACCAGGCCGUUACAGACGACCUGCCAGCUGCCUUCGUGGAUGGCACCAUCAGCGGGGGCGAUAGCGAGACCCGUAGCAUCUGGAUCCUGGAGAAGUCACCUGGCCAGCACGUGGAGAUCCACGGCGCAUACAUCGGGGUCACCAUCAUUGUACGUCAGCAGGGCCGUUACCUGACGCUAGCUGUGCACAUGCCAGAGGAGCUUGCCAUGGCCUUUGACGAGACGCAGGACCUGCAGCUAUGCAUGAAUGGUUGUCCUACAUCAGAGCGCAUCGACCAAGAAGGACACCUUCAGCUGCCCGUGCUGGGUCUCCAGCAGGCUGGCUUUCAGCCGCAAGCCAGGAUCGAAGCCCAGAGAGGGGUCUUCACCCUUGAAAGCGCCUCAAGGAAGUGCAGGGAACAGCUGGAGGUUAAAGACAUCUAUUUCCAUUCAUGUGUGUUUGACCUGCUCACCACAGGGGAUGCAAACUUCACCACUGCUGCCUACAAUGCCCUCAAAGACAUGGAGACAUUGCACCCCAAGAGGGAGCGCUGGCAUAUUUUUCCUAGCUCAGCUGCUGGGCUGAGGCCAUUUCCUUUGCUCCUACAUGCACUGCUAAUGGGCUUUCUCAUCACUGUGCUUUUAUAAUGUGUGCUGUGUUUUGAUGACUGUUAAAAAAAAUAACUUAAGGAGCUGAAGACAAGACUGUACAAAAUCGUAAGGGUACUCUGUAUAUACUGUCUUUACAGAGAUGUUAGAAUACAAACUUUCAUUAGACUGUACAUUUUGUGUAAAUUAUGUUUUCAAGAGAGCUGAAUAUUGUGGAUUUUUUCAUGUUUUUGUCCUCAGGAGAGGAAGUCUUAAUGGAAGCACUUUAUUUUAAUUUUAUUUUUUUGCAACUAGAAAACAGUGUUCCAUGGAACCAGUACUUAGUGAUCUUCGUUAGCUAAUCUUCUUGGUACAUCCGGCGCUUUUUCUUGAUUCAUUUCUCUAGGUCUCUUUACAAAUGAUACUUACCUCACCAACUUAAUCUGUAGAACUGUGUUAAACGUUUUUUUAUGAUGUGGCUGGCAUAGUGAUUGUGUAAUAGAGGUUCAAAGAAGGAUCAUAUUGAUUAGACAUUUACUUUAUCUGUUUGUGCAUUAUAAUUCUUAGUUCUAGUACUCAGUGCUGCUGAGUAGAGUUUAUCAGCAAAAACAAGGUGAAGAAUUCAGGCAAACACAGCAGACGUAGGUUGAAGUGCACUUAAAAUUGAAAAGUUAACCUUUGGAAUUGUUCUACUGGAACAAGCCAUUGCCAAGCCCAGCCCUACAUUUUAUAAAUGACAAUCAGAACUUUUGUUUGGUACAAAAUCUACCUAAUGUAUGAACAGCAAUCCUUUAGAGUGUGUUUUAGAGACAAAUAUUUAUGAUUCAUAUUAAAAGUUUCAGCCCUUUCCGAUUCAUUUCAUAGUAAGUGGCUCUAACUGAAUGAACUGGAAAAUGGAUAUUGCAUAAGUGCUAAAGUGGGCUAUGAUUCAUUUCCUAGUCACUCAAACGGACUUGCAGCAUCCUUUAGAAUGGUUCCUCACAAGAUUAUUAAUUACCUUUGUCCCUUUGCCAAACAAAUAUUGACUAUAUGUUAAAAGUGUUAAGUUCCCUCGCAUCCUUGUUUUAUCCUUGGCCAAAGAUAUGACGCAUAGCUGGCAGAAAUGCACCACAUAUAUCAAAUAGAUCUGUUGCUAGAAGUAGGUUUUCCCUAUAGUAUUUGUUUUGUUAAAAAAGAUGGUCAAGAGUAGAGGUCGACCGAUAGGGCAUUGUGCCGAUCACGAUAACUUAGGUGGUGGAAAGGUCUGAUAGCCAACUCAUCGGCCGAUAGUUUUUAAAAUCGAUUUAUUGAAUGUUUAAAUAAAAAUUCAUAGUAUUUCCUUACUGUGCUGAGACAUAGAGGCUAAAGGAGUCAAAAAUGAAUAUAAUCCCAGAUGCAGUUUAUUUUGCAACCAAAAUCCAAAUUAUAACCAUAAAACUAAAAUUUAAGUUUGGCCCAUAAUGUAGGACUUUUACCUGUAAACAAGCCUGAAAUACAUGUGGGACUCUUAUUUUGAAAAGUGUAUGCUCCCAGCUCACAUAAACACAUAAUGGAUACAAAACAUGCACUCUUACAAUCAUCUAAAAUGUAUUACAAUAUAAACAUUAUAAAGUAAACAUUGUCAUAUAGGCUUAUAAUAAUUACUGUAUGAGCUGUGAUUCAACAACAGUAGAUUAUCAUUAAUCAAUAGUAGAUCAUCAGCGAUCCAGUAAUAAAAACAGACUUUUCCCCUUUUUUCUAGGGACACCGUCAAAGUCAACAUGAACAUUAGCAUGAACAUAUGAUUAACAUAUACAGUAUCUACAUAACAACAAAACGUCUUCAGUGUGCUCAUUUUUUAUAAUUUUAUUAAAAAAGUAAAAAUAAAUAAAUAAAAAACUCUUACUAUUAGCCUUGGUUUUGCCGAUAACUGAUAGUUCCAAAAAGCAACUAUCGGCACUGAUAUAUUGGUCGAUCUCUAGUCAUGAGUUACUCUUAUUGUGAACACACAGACAUUGAAUGGCAUUGUCAUAGGUAUAGCAAGUCAGUGCCAUAAUUUAGCUCACCUGACUGGUGUUAGCCUAUUUGCAGUGGAUUCAGCAGAAAUGAUAAGUGUUCAAUUGAAAAUUUCUGUAUUAUUAGACCCCUCAAAGAACAUCUUUUAUGUUAUUUUGUCACAUAGAAGGGCAACUUGAGCCACAGUUCCUUUGUUGAAAUGAUGCUGAAUACACAUCACCUUUGAUUUCAUUUAGAGAAGUUCAAUGCAAAUGAAGGAACUGCAGAAUUUCUUUAUGUCUCAAUUUGCUUUGAGUGUGGUAUUUGGUCUGAUGUACAUUAAUAACAUUGAUCAUUCAUUUGGUCAAAUUGAAUCAUAUACUUUCUGGGCCAUUACAGUAACUGCCUUACUGUCCAACUACUUUGGAUACCCAUGCCAACACUUCUGAUAUGCAUGUUUUGUUACCAAGACUUGCUACUGUAGAGACGUCAUUGUUUAUUUUUUAUUUGCAACUACUGCCAGUGCUGAAGAGCUGCUACAAUACUGUGACAAGUGUAAUAGAUUGUAUUUGGAACACUGGGAGUUUCACAGGCAGUGAAUGACCGGAUCCUUGACAGGAUUAUUUGAUUGGCCCAAUGGCCUGAAUCCAUGUACAGUGGAAUUUUUUUUUUUUUAGAACAAAGGAUCAGAGUGCAAUUAACUGCAAAGGAAAGCCUUCAUCCUGGGUUUUUGCUUUUCACAUUUGAUCUUGUGAUCUCUUUUGUUUGUUGUGAACAUUGUUUUUUGUGAAGCGUGACUGCUCAAUGUUUAUACUUAAAUUAUUUAUGAAAUAUAUUGUCUUGUUAGAGAAGUCAAGCUCCAUACUCUUGCUGUUGAAAAAAGUUUGAGAUGUGAUUGUACUACCACCUAGUGGGUCACCAUUGUUACAUCAGUGUUUUAGUAUUGUACGGAUGCUGUUUAAAAAAAAAAAAAAAAGAAGAAAAAAAAUUGUGUUAUUUAAAACAAUAAAUGAAAAAAAUCUGGAUUUGUUUUUACAAUUUUCCAUUGUGGUGUUAUUAAUUUAUAUGUUGUAAUAGCAUUGUUUGUAAUGUGAUUACAGCAAUUUAUAAUCAUUCAUGCUCCAGAAAAAACAAGAAAAAAAAACAAACAAACAAAAAAACACACACAUUCUACUCGGUUUGAUAAAGCACUAAUGUCACAUUCUAAUAAAACCCCUCAACAUAAACAA